AUGUCUUUAAACAUGGAUGAUGAAGAUGCUACUCAACAGGAUAUCAAUGCUACUGAAAUAGACGCCAGUGCAGCCAACGAUUCUUUUUACAGAAACUCCACCAGUGAUUUGAACUCCAUUUACACAGCUGCUUACUCGGGUACAAAAGUUUUAGAGACCAAUAUUCGUGGUGUAUCCGUGAUGAGAAGAAGAAAUGAUAGUUCUUUCAAUGCUACACAAAUACUGAAAGUUGCCGGACUAGACAAGAGUAAAAGAACCAAGAUUCUUGAGAAAGAGGUCCAUACUGGGGUUCAUGAAAAAGUUCAAGGUGGAUAUGGAAAAUUUCAAGGUACUUGGAUACCCUAUGAUAGAGCUGUUGCACUAUCUCAACAAUAUAAUGUGUAUUUAGAUUUGAAAGAUUUAUUUCUUUAUAACGUUUCAAGUGUGGAGGCAAAUGACACACCAACUAAGGAACAAGCAGUUGCUGCACAAAGAAAAAAGUCUGGUUUCCAAGAUUCAUUCAAUUUUCAAAAACAACCUUCAACUUUAGGUAGAUCUUAUUCAACUUUAACUGAAAAUGAUGAAACUGAAUUAAUAGAUACCUCAGAGUCACCUACUAAGAAACAAAAAUUAUCACCAAAUACAAGUCAUAGUAUACACGGUUUAGGACCUGAUGGUAACGGUAAAAAUUCCAAAAUUGGGUUUGAAACUUAUGAUCAUGAUUUGAAUAUUGAGAAUCCAAAUACACCAUUCACUCUCGAGCCAUUAUCAGGUUUCGUUGAUGGAUAUGAACACUCCAAAGAAGUCAUAACACAAGUUUUCAUGUCUAAUGAUCCUAUAUCAUUAGCAGAAGCAGUUGGUGGUGAGUCUGAACUAGCUGGUGUUAAUUUAGAUGUUUCAAUUGAUGAAUCAGGCCAUACUGCAUUACAUUGGGCAGCAUCUUUAGCUAGAAUUCCAUUAGUCUCAGAAUUAGUAAGUCGUGGCUCAAUUCGAAUCAGAGGUAAUAAUACUGGUGAAAAUCCAUUAAUUCGUUCAGUCUUGGUGACAAAUAAUUAUGAUUUAAAUUCAUUCAAUGAAUUAUUAAAUUUAUUAUAUCCAUGCAUACCUUUAUUAGAUCAUCAACGUCGUUCCAUAUUACAUCAUAUUGUCCUAACAGCUGGUAUUAAGAAGAGAAGUGCAGCAAGUAGAUAUUAUUUAGAAACUUUACUAGAAUGGAUUGUUAAAACUGGGACCUAUUUACCAAAAGGUGGUAUUACUUUGGGGAAGUUCAUGAAUGAAAUUGUUAACGCUCCAGAUAAAAAUGGUGACACAUGUUUAAAUAUUGCAGCAAGAAUUGGUAAUAAGGCAAUUGUACAACAAUUAUUAGAUGUUGGUGCUGAUCCUUCAAUUCCUAAUAGAGCAGGACUCAGACCAAUAGAUUUUGGUAUAAAUGUUAAUGGAUUAGCUACAGCUAAACAAAAAUUAUCAACAAGUAAUAAUAAUAAUGUUCAUGCUAAUAAUCUACCUGGUGCUUUUGGUGAUAAUGGUACUGGUAAAAGCUCAACAAAGAUUUUAGAUUCAAUGCAAAAAGUUUUACAAAGAUUAGAUACAGAUUUUAAAAGUGAAAUAAAUACCAAACAAGAACAAAUUGAUGAAUUACAUUCUAAAUUACGUGAAUCAACUUUAAAAUUAUCCAAAUCACGUCAAAAUUUAGAAACUUUAAAACAAUCUGAAAUAAAAUUAAAUGAAUUAAAACAAAAAAUUUCAAAUUUAGAUAAAGCUACUCAGGAAGAAGAACAAAAAUUCCUUUCACAAACUACAGAUUUAGGCUCUGUAAGUAAUCAUGAUAUCGAUUUUGAUGCAGAUGAACCAUUUAGAGUUUGGCCAAUAUUUGAAAAAUUGAAACAAGAUCCAAAUCAACAAGUAGAUCCAAGAUCAAUAAAUCUUCAGGAGAUCCCACCAUCAGUCGUUCUUAAAGCUCGUAUCACUGCAUAUAAAGAAAAUGAGAACAUCUUGAAUAAAGUUAUUGAAAACUUGAGAUCAAAUUCUGAUAAAUUAGAGGAUAAAUUUAGAAGAGUCGUGGCGUUAUGUACCGGUGUUGAAGAAGAUACUAUUGAUAGUAUAUUGGAUGGAUUAGUACAGGCUGUUGAAAGUGAUCCUGAUGAAGUUGAUAUGGGUAGGGUUGUUGGCUUCUUACGUAGAGUUGAUGAUAAACUUGAUGUAUAA